AUGAUCACCCUGUUGUUUUUAAGUGAACACAUUCCGUUCUUCUCCCUUCUCUUCUCCGUGUUCGACUUCAGCAAAGCUUCUCUUCUUCGGUUGCGUCGACAUCCACAACAACUGGGGAUUAGCGGACUACAACGCGGAGAACGACCAUUUUUGCUGAAGAACUCCAGCCCCGGCUCUAAGCCCGGUCGAACUGCUGGUCGAGUCGACUCCAGCCCCGGCUGCAAGGCCGGUCGAAUUGCUAGUGAAGUCGAUUUCUGGCACAAGGACUCUAGGUUUGCCUCCAUGCGGGUGGAACCGAGGGUCAAGUUUCAAAAUAGACCCGCCUUUUUUGCCUGGCCGAACUGCUGA